UUCCUCACGACACUUACCACUUUCACUUCCACAUUUUCAGUUUUUCCCUUUCGUUCUGGAGCUGUGAUCCUCUGCAUCAAUGGCCACCGUGCAGCUCGAAACCCUAGCCCUUUCUCGCUCCUCCGUGCCCCUUCCGGCUACCUUCUCUCCUUCGAUCGCCGCCUCCUCCCUCUCCGGCCGCCGGAGCUCUGCCACGUUGCCGCGAUACACAGGUCUCAAACUCCGACACGUCGCUGCGACUCGUUUUCCGAGUCACGCCGGCUCGACAAUCGCUCCUCGUUGUGGACGCGUCGUGUGCGAGGCCCAAAACACCGCCGUUGAAGUGGCUGCUGUUACUGAUGCAAAUUGGCAAUCACUUGUGCUUGAAUCUGAGUUUCCUGUAUUGGUUGAAUUCUGGGCUCCAUGGUGUGGUCCUUGUCGUAUGAUCCACCCAAUAAUUGAUGAGCUAGCAAAGGAAUAUGCUGGUAAGCUUAAGUGUUACAAACUCAAUACUGAUGACAGCCCUUCAACUGCUACUAGGUAUGGGAUUCGAAGUAUCCCAACUGUCAUAAUCUUUAAGAAUGGUGAGAAGAAAGAUGCAGUUAUUGGUGCAGUGCCAAAGGCAACAUUGACCACAAGCAUAGAAAAAUUCUUGUGAGCUGGUAAGCAAAGAAGGCUUCAGCUGGGAAGCUAUUUUUCCCAUUAGCUUUUUCUCAUAUAAGCCAAUUGUCCUAAGUUUGGAUAAUUUGCUUGCUUAAAUAAUCAUUUAUGGUCCUGUAUAGUUAUGGGAUGCAACCAUAUUUUCUGUUUUUCUAGAUAAUUAUAGUUACCACUUACCAAUAUGUUGCGUAAAUUUGCUCCAGUUAUAGCAUGUUUUAUAUCCAUUUUACAUUUUUUUCGCUUGUUUCUUCUCACCUUUCACUGAACAUUGUUGAUCUGUUGUCGUAUGGGUAUAAACUAAAUAAGGUAUCUACGCUAAUAAAUUUUGGGGCCUCAGGGAUGUAAA